UUGACGCCCAAGUACGUUUGGUCUAGUUUGGACUCUGUGACUCCCCGUACUCCAACGGGCACGUGAUCAGAAAGGUUAUAAAUAAGGGUGCCACAAUCAUUUGUGUCGACACAGACGGACUGAGGAGAGAUAUGGCGUCUACGAGCCGCGGAGAUGCUUUGGCCCUUCCCAGAGUUCACUGCCCCGACCACCCUGAUGCCAUCCUGGUGGAGGACUACAGAGCAGGAGACAUGAUAUGCCCUGAAUGUGGCCUGGUAGUAGGUGACCGUGUAAUCGACGUGGGCUCAGAGUGGCGGACGUUUUCUAAUGAGAAAGCCCUUAAAGAUCCAUCCAGAGUGGGAGACGCCCAGAACCCGCUGCUCAAUGGAGGAGACCUAACCACCAUGAUCAGCAAGGGAACUGGCGCAGCUAGUUUUGAUGAGUUCGGAAACUCAAAGUACCAGAACCGGAGAACCAUGAGCAGCUCCGACCGAGCCAUGCUCAACGCCUUCAAAGAAAUCAGCACCAUGGCAGAUCGCAUCAACCUGCCAAGGAACAUUAUAGACAGAACAAACAACUUAUUCAAACAAGUGUAUGAACAGAAGAGCCUGAAGGGACGAGCCAACGAUGCCAUUGCUUCCGCCUGUCUUUACAUCGCCUGCAGGCAAGAAGGCGUACCAAGAACCUUUAAAGAGAUCUGUGCCGUCUCCCGGAUCUCCAAGAAGGAGAUCGGCAGAUGCUUCAAGCUGAUCCUGAAGGCGCUGGAGACCAGCGUGGACCUCAUCACCACGGGAGACUUCAUGUCCCGCUUCUGCUCAAACCUCGGCCUGCCCAAGCAGGUGCAGAUGGCGGCCACCUUCAUCGCCAGGAAGGCCGUGGAGCUCGACCUGGUGCCUGGCAGGAGCCCCAUCUCUGUGGCUGCAGCGGCCAUUUACAUGGCCUCACAGGCCUCUGCAGAGAAGAAGACCCAGAAAGAAAUCGGAGACAUUGCCGGCGUUGCAGACGUCACAAUCAGACAGUCGUACCGACUCAUCUACCCGCGAGCUGCUGAACUUUUCCCUCCAGACUUCAAGUUCGACACACCCGUUGACAAGCUGCCUCAGCUGUGAAGAAGACGCCGUCUACACAGUCUUGGUUUUUUUUUCUGCUGUACUUACAGGAUUGUUCUUUUUUCAAGUCCUAUUUUGUGUUCAAUUUGGAAGAUUUUUCUUGUCUCUUGGAAAGACUUCAGGCCUUUAUCGAGGCGCUCUCACAGGAAUCAGAUGGACACACAUUCCAGUGCUUAAAGAAACAAGCUUGCAGACUGUACCUGUUCUAAGUAAUUUAAAAAAAAAUAAAAGUUUUUCAUUACA